AUGUCUGGCCCGCCGUCCCGGCCGACCCCGCCGUCCAAGCCACAUUCGGUCAUCCAUGAGGGCGUCACCAUCUCCGGAGUACGCGUGGGGUCGGUGCUGCAAGGGACGCGCAGCCAGGACCACUGGCUCACGCCGGGACGCCCUUGCCUGGGCGGCCAAAUGUCGCCGGGCGGAGUGUUCGCGCUCAGCGCCUCGACCAGCCGGAGCAGCGGCAGCAGCGCGGCCGUCCACAAGACCCGCGGGGGCCGCAGUGACCUGGCCGCCCAGGACAAAAUUGACGCCGCGGGAAGCCGUUCUCCGCCGUCCCGCGAGCGCAGUGGUGGCAAAAUUCAAGCCUGGCGCAGCUUCAGCGCCGGCUCCUGCAACGCCUGCUCGGGCGCUCACGUGCGCGCCAGCAGGCGUGUCGUCAACGACGGCAGUGAGUUCCAGUUCUCCCUAGCGAGCAAUAAAAGCCACUCUGGCUCCGACAGAUCGGUGCCCUCUUCCACGUUUGAACCAGACGACGUUAGCAUGCCGAUGCGCCAGGGCUCAACGCUGUCGGUACACCUGAGGGCAGCCAAGUCACCCGCCGGCUCCGUGGAGUACGCCUGCACCGUCUCGCCUCCGAUCAGCGCAAACGUAUUGCCGGGCGCGCCGCUCAGGAGGCCCGUCGUGGAAACGAGGGUGAGCGCCAGGGUUGUCACAACCACUGUGGAGAUGAUGCCGCCAGUACACGCCCGAGCGGUUACGCCACGAAGGUCCAGCAUCCCGAGAGGGGCGUCCAGCGAAGUGCUCAAGACGGAUAAACGAGAGGGCCAAGGUCGUCGCUCCGUAACCUUCACGGAUGGCUCCUCAGCGGCAACGUCGCCGAAAGCGAGCGUACGCGACGCCGCCGCCAUUCCGGAGUCGAAAUCUGAGCAGCCUCACGAUGAUGGUGGACUAGCGGCGCCGAAGAAAGUUCAGCCGCAGCAAUCGGAGCCUCGGCUUGGACCCCCAGUGGCCGAUGCCCUGCAGACAGUGCCCGAGCCAUCAACAGGGGCGCUUCUGAAACCAUCAUCCGAGCCCUCCGAUCUGACCAGCGUACGCGAAAGCGUCCCUGUCGCCAUUCCGGAGCCGAAAUCUGAGCAGCCUCACGAUGAUGGUGGACUAGCGGCGCCGAAGAAAGUUCAGCCGCAGGAAUCGGAGCCUCGGCUUGGACCCCCAGUGGCCGAUGCCCUGCAGACAGUGCCCGAGCCAUCAACAGGGGCGCUUCUGAAACCAUCAUCCGAGCCCUCCGAUCUGACCAGCGUACGCGAAAGCGUCCCUGUCGCCAUUCCGGAGCCGAAAUCUGAGCAGCCUCACGAUGAUGGUGGACUAGCGGCGCCGAAGAAAGUUCAGCCGCAGCAAUCGGAGCCUCGGCUUGGACCCCCAGUGGCCGAUGCCCUGCAGACAGUGCCCGAGCCAUCAACAGGGGCGCUUCUGAAACCAUCAUCCGAGCCCUCCGAUCUGACCAGCGUACGCGAAAGCGUCCCUGUCGCCAUUCCGGAGCCGAAAUCUGAGCAGCCUCACGAUGAUAGUGGACUAGCGGCGCCGAAGAAAGUUCAGCCGCAGCAUUCGGAGCCUCGGCUUGGACCCCCAGUGGCCGAUGCCCUGCAGACAGUGCCCGAGCCAUCAACAGGGGCGCUUCUGAAACCAUCAUCCGAGCCCUCCGAUCUGACCAGCGUACGCGAAAGCGUCGCCAUUCCGGAGCCGAAAUCUGAGCAGCCUCACGAUGAUAGUGGACUAGCGGCGCCGAAGACUGUUCAGCCUCAGCAUUCGGAACCUCGGCUUGGACCCCCCAGUGGCCGAUGCCAAGGAGCCAGUGCGCGAAUCUUCAUCAGAGCUAUUGCUUAA